GGCCACCUGUGUUGUCCAGGAGGCCGUAGGUUAGCGAGUCGAUGGCAAAGGAGCAUGAGUAACGGGGAGGAUCUGGGUGUCAGCUCUUUGACAAUCCACUUGCACAUCAACGCAGUCAGGGCGUCGAAAGGAUCAACAAUAUCCAACCCUCCAAUCCUUUUUGAUGCGCACACAUCCUCCCAUCGUAUCCUAGCAUGGGCGUGCUCUUCCGUCCAUGCCCAUAGAUAGUUGCGGAGUGCACUUUCGAAUGGAACUCAAGAUCGUGGAAGAACCCUGCCCAAAUACUUAAAAAAUAUCAGAGUGUAGAGAGAAGCAUGGAAUUUACCACGACAGCGCGCGGGGCUAGCGACAAAUGGAGCGAUGACCAGGACCUGAGUUCGGUUGUUAUCUUCGCUGCGAUAAAAUUGGUCAACAUCAGCGGUCUGUAGCGACACCCCAAACGGAGUUCCAAGCAGCUUUGAAAGCAUCCCAAGCGGCACCAACAUACAGCCGAAGAUACAUAUCCAAGCCGAAGGAGGAUGCUUGGAGAACCAGAAGAUGCUGCAUGUCUGUCUGUUCAGUGUUAGAUUCGUAUCAAGCCCAAAUGCUGUAAGCAUUGUCGAAGUGGAAGUUAAGUAUCGCUCUUUGCCGUAUAAAGAGAAAAUGACGUCGUCCGCGAAUUGAAACACUAACUGUUGUGAAGUGCCUUUUGGCACACGGAUUCCUCAGAUUAUGCCCUGGUCCAUAGCUUGAUGAGAUGCUGUCACCAAGGCCUCCACCACCAGCAAGAAAAGAUAAGGUGCAAGGGGGCAGCCUUGACGAACUACCCGGCAGAUGGAGAAGUCAGCAAUAUGAAGACCGUUGAGGGAGAUGCAUGCAGAAGCGCCAAUCAAGAGCAUGCGCACCAUAGACGUGAAGGCAAGCGAGUGACCCAUUUUGUCCAUUACUCGAAAGAGGAAAGACCACCGAACUGAGUCCUAAGCUUUUCAAAAAUCCAACUUUAGCAUCAAAAGCGGUUGGUUAGUCUCACUGACCCACGCAAUGAUCUUGUGUUGGAUCAUGAUAGACUUCAAGAUGUGACGCGAUGGCAGGAAAGCGUACCGGCCGGUGAAUAACGUCCUGCAACAAUUUUUGUAGUCGCAUCUGCAGCACCUUUGCCAUGAUCUCAUAGGAGGUGUUCAGAAGAGUGAUAAGGCGCCAGUGAGAAAUAAGUUCGAGGUCGACCUCCUUAGGAAGCUGGAUGAUAACGCCGUGAUUCAGCCCUGAAAGAAUAGAUCCUUGGACGAUGGCCUCCCGGAUCAUUUCGGUAAAGUCUGCUCCGAUUAGAUCCCAAAAUUUGACAUAGAACUCAGUCAAAACUCCAUUCGGGUCGGGGCUUUUUCCCGAGGCCAUGUCACGCAAGGUCUUGCAGAUCUCUUUGCCAUCAGGACUGCGACUGAGGGCAGCUAACAGAUGCAACAGACAUUGCGUUUUGAAUGAUGAUGGGAUGAGUUCCAAUAAGGUGUCUUCGGCAUGAACAAUUGCUAGUGUGUCAUAUGUGGCAACAAACAGCAAUUUGUAAUAGUCGAGGACAAUGCCUUUGAGCCCAUCCUGGUGAGUCACCCGAGUGCCGGAGUCGAGUUUGAGCGUUGAAAUAUGAAAUGUGGUAGAGGGGGGUCGGACGGCUCUGAAAAAUUCUUUGGCGACGGAGUCAUCAUGAGUAUUCUAUUGGAUGCGGUAGUGAGCACGACGCUUUUAAUUUGUAGAUCCUGAAAGUUUUGCAGGCGGAGGCGGCACUCGCCUCAAUCGUGAAGCAUUGUUGCAUCGAGGGGGUUAGCAUGGGAAGCCCGUGUGAGAGCCUCCAAUUCGAUGAUCAGAGCGUUUUCGUCCGAUCGCAACGCACAUGCUUUAGCUUUGCAGAAUCCGCGGUAGAAUCGAGUGAUGCGCCGAAGCUUGGAGAAGAAAAACGUUCCAGCAAAGGUCUCCUGCCACAUACGUUUGAUCUCUGGUUUUUCCGCAUCAAACCAGAUGGUUCUCAUCUUCCAGUGGAAGGUGCGUCGUGAUGAGGCAGCAAGUUGGAUGGUGGCAAAUACUGGAUUAUGAUCCGAGCGCGCUAUGUUGCUUCACACGGUAGUGAAGGAUGAGCCUAUCGAAGGUGUUAGGCGCUAGAUAAAAGACGUAGCAUUGGUAGAGUCGUGCUAGGAAGCGAGCAAUAUUAGGCAUGUUGUGCCAUGAGUACGGCAAACUGUGAGCUGAUUGUGGUGGAUCGUCGACAUUGAGGGAGAUCUUUAUAGCAUUGAAGAGGAUUCGUUCACACAUUGGAAUCAUUGAAGCAUUUUGGCGGGUUUUGUCUCUCCUUUCCACCAUGUUGAAGUCCCCUAGCAAGAUCAAGCGACAAGCCUGUGAUAACUCGCGAGGUAGGGCCUUCCAAAGCAAGCACCUAGCGGGAGAAUCAUUCGGAACAUAUAUGUUGGCAGUGCCCACGUCUCCACUGGGUAAGCCUCAAAGAACAAACCAUUGUACGUGAUAUUCCAUGAGGAACCGAUCUGCAGUUUUCAUCGUGGGUGGAUUAAGGUGAGAACGUCAUCGCACCCUGGGCCCGGGUCGAGCGAUUGUGACCGUACCCGACUGAGGCAUCUAGACCGAAGUGUAAUGUGUGACGCCAAAGCUUGACCGGCGCUUGAAGGAGCUUAGCUCCUUGCACCUUGUGUUCUUGCACAGUCACGAUGUCAAGAGGAGUCGUACAGUCUUGUAGGUAGGAUCGGAGAUGUGACACGACUGAGUCCUCGAUCAAUCCGCGCACGUUGAUGGAUAGAAGUUGUAGCUUCAUGGACGGUCAGAGGGGGUAUUGACGUCCCUGCAGCUCAUGUUAGAUGCCCUUUGGAAAUCUCAGACAUCUUACGAUGAGGGGACAGUUGGUGGGGGUGUGAUAACUUGCCUAGCCGCAGCUCUAAGACCCCAUAGAGAGGAAGGGGGCUGAGUUGGCGUAUCUUGAUCGGUCGGUGUGGGAUCAAAAGAUUCUAGAAAGGAUAGGAUGCGGCCCGCGAUGCUCUUCGGGGCUGAUUUUGGUCUGGAUGUGUAUGUCGGCUCAGACGCUGGAAUUUCCGUGGGAUGAGAGAUUUUGACAUCCAUGAUAGUCUCCCCCGGAGUUGGUGAUGGUGAUGGAAUUGAUGGGGCCGGUUGUGUUGGCAGUGGCGCUGGAUCUUCACCUUCAUCCGAUGAUACCGAUGAUGAUGGGAGUUGAGGGACCGCAUCAACGAAGAGGUCGCUGUUGCUAGCAGAUGUCGUUGGCAGUCCAUUUUGAUCGGGGAUGCGAGAUGACAACGGGGUCGAAGCCUAGUGUUGGCGGGAUAGAUCUGGCUAGCUAAAGUCAUUAGUCACCCGCUAGUGGAGUCAAAGACCAUAGUGGCAGCCUGUGUAACUGACAACUGGUCCAAUAUCUGAUCCUCCCUUUUAGAUUCGGUAUCGAGAAUGGCAGGAUCUCACUCGAUAUGAAGAAUCGGAAGCUUGUGCAUUAUCAUUCGCCGCCACUAUGUUGGGUUUUCGUGGAAUCAACCUCCAUCGCUAAGUUGACCUCGCUCGUGUGUCCACAUGAGUGUAGCAAUUUUGUAGUUGCUGGUGGAGGAGCUGGGCCGGUCCCGCAACAAUAUGGUUUUUUUUGUCCAAAAUACUUUCUCCCAUGCAUUCCAUCCAUACAAUGGGGUCUCCCGAGAAUCGCCUUUUGAGUAAUGAUUGCCGCUACGACUUGUGUCGUUAAGGUGAUUGUAUGGAUGGAGCUAGGGAGGCAACUCUCUUCACGCAUGACAACUUCGGUUGACGCAUCGAGGAACGACGAUGGUGCCCUUGUGACAACAUCUGGGGUUGAAACGAGAGCCACAAGCUGUGAUGGCCUCGCAAUCAUUGGAGUAUUCGCCAUUGUUGGGAUGAUCGUUGCGGCCGUAGUGGGUUGGGACUGAGCUGCCAUUUGAUCGCGAGUGAUGUCCCACCUGAAGGGUAUUUGCCGUGAUCGCUUUGGGUAAGAAGGCCGUGAGGGUCCCGCUACUUUGAUAGCCGCUAGGCACAAGCUGAGACUGUACAUAACCGCAGGCACCGGUGAUGCUGGCGUGACUGGCGUCGGCAACAAUGGGGUGAUUUAAAGGGGUCUGAGGUGCUUCUACAGGGCGGACAUCGAAGAAUGUUGUCUGGCGGCGUCGAAUGAGUACUAAACUAAAGCCUUCAGCAUCCGGGGUGCAUAUGGGGCCUGGGUUGAUUUGAGGAGAUUUCCCAUGAUGACGACGUUUGUGAUGAGCGUUCGAAUAUGGGGCCUGAGUUGAUUUGAGGAGAUUUCUCAUGAUGACGACGUUUGUGAUGAGCGUUCGAACAAGAGGGCUUAGCUUCCCGCUGAUACGGGGUUGGAGUUGUCGUGGCGGCAUGAUCCCGCAUGGGUAGAGGAGGUGCAGCUUGCUGAGAUGUUGUAGAGGCAUAGUCUUGCAAUGAAGGGACGCUGGAAGGCGGUUGAGGAGGAGAACUCCGUGAUGAUGAAGCUCGGUAUGCCAAUGUGGAAUGUUGAUGAUUCUCACAAAUUUGGCAGUAGAAGUCGAUCGUCUCGUAGUGUAUGGCCACUGUUGCACUCCCACCGAUCGCGCUGUAACCGACAACAUUUGUUACCCAUACUUAGCGGAUGUCUAUCCCCACAUAGAACCGCGGUGGAGCUUCAAGUGUGUCGUCGUUGUCUUCAGCAAGUAUUGGGACAAUUUGUUCGGCCACGCUGCGCGCAAUAUGAGUAAAUUUCAGUGGUAGAUCGGGCAAGGUCAUCCAUGUAGGCCACAUGAUGUGGUGCGGUCUACGAGAAUUGAAUCCCCUAGAUCAGCGCUCACAAAAGACCGCGCCUGUUGCAAAGCAGUGGAUAGCGAAUGUUAAAAUGUGAUCGGUGAUGGCGCGACCAUCUGUCUUGAAAUAGGCAAAAUUUGAUCCUGCAUGGUGAAGGAAAUGGACUUCCCCUGGCUGGGCCAAGGUGUGCAAUCACAUCCACUAGUGCGAUCCAGGAUUGAUAUGUAUUUGACCUUCCACCACAAACACUAUGACGACGCGUUUGGAGAGGAGAUGAAUGUCUGCAUCAACAAUGUUAUGAUCGGUGUUAGAGAGACUGAAAGAGACAGCACUUCGGACGAGAACUCUUUGGUGGUUUCGAAAGGUAUCGCGUUUGAGGAUUUCUCCCUACGUGGGGCGGAGUGGAUCAAUGGGUCCUCGGUUGAAACGUCUUGUCUCUAAUGCGAUGUUCAGGAAUUCCAUGCACGGGUCGAGCACAAUGGCCAACCAGGUCCCACUCUCACGCGCACCAGUGUUCAAUGCCGUACUAAAACUAACCCGUGAAUCCUUCAUCGUGACAACCCUAAUUGACUCGCUCUCUUCGUGAAAGAAGAAUUUGAACGAGAAAAACCCCUCAAUCGACUCGCCUCACAAUGCCGCUCACGAAUCUAAAUCUGUCUGCAAGAUUGUGCGCCAUGAACGUGCUCUAUCAAGCGCACCGCCUCAACGGCGGACGAGCGUCUUUGGCCGCCACCGCCAAUCUCCCUGAGCACCUUUUAUCCCCGGACGCUUAGCUUCUCUCUGUAUAAUAAGUUUGGCUUCAAAUUUGCUUUUUAGUAUUGUAACUUAAAAUUUAUAUUGUAAUAUA